AUGUCCUCAAGCAUAGAACUGAUCAACCCCAAGGCAGAGAGUGUCCGGCGAGCAGCCGCGCUCCAGGUCAACACGACCGGUGCGAUGGGCCUCGCAAAUGUUGUGAAGGGAAACCUCGGCCCAAGAGGCACUCUGAAGAUGCUCGUAGACGGUUCAGGUCAGAUCAAGAUGACCAAGGACGGCAAGGUCCUCCUCUCCGAGAUGCAGAUCCAAAAUCCGACCGCUGCCAUGAUUGCCCGCACCGCCGUCGCACAAGACGAUCAGGUCGGCGAUGGCACCACCUCCGUCGUCCUCCUCGUCGGCGAACUCCUCAAGCAGGCAGAUCGCUACAUCUCAGAGGGUGUGCAUCCUACCGUCAUCGCCGAGGGCUUUGACAUUGCGAAGAAGGAGGCUUUGUCGUUCCUAGACACCUUCCGCCGACCUGUGACCCUCGACCGCCCUACACUCAUCAACGUUGCCUACACCUCUCUCGCCACGAAGGUCAACUCUGCCCUUGCCAAAAAGCUCGCCGCCGAUGUGUCGAUGCUGUCCUCACCAUCCGCCCGCCCGCACCAUCCACCGGUCCAUGCCGCUGACCAGUUCCGCGAACCGAUCGACCUGCACAUGGUCGAGAUCAUGAAGAUGCAGCACCGCACCUCGUCCGAGACCCAGCUCAUCCGCGGGCUCGUCCUCGACCACGGCGCGCGGCAUCCGGACAUGCCCAAGCGCGUCGAGAACGCGUUCAUCCUCACGCUGAACGUCAGCCUCGAGUACGAGAAGACGGAGGUCAACUCCGGCUUCUUCUACUCGUCCGCGGAGCAGCGCGAGAAGCUUGUCGAGUCCGAGAGGCGCUUCACGGACGCGAAGUGCAAGAAGAUCGUCGAGCUCAAGAACCUCGUCUGCGACCAGGCCAAGGGCAUCGACCCGCUCUCGCUCGACAUCUUCGCCAAGAACGGCAUCUUCGCCCUCCGCCGCGCGAAGCGGCGGAACAUGGAGCGGCUGCAGCUCGUCUGCGGCGGCGUCGCGCAGAACUCGGUCGACGACCUCACGCCGGACGCCCUCGGCUGGGCUGGGCUCGACCCCAAGUCCGUCACCCUCCUCAUCAAGGGCCCCAACGCGCACACGAUCCAGCAGACCCAGGACGCGCUCCGCGACGGCCUCCGCGCGGUCAAGAACGCGGUCGAGGACGAGUGCCUGAUCCCCGGCGCGGGCGCGUUCGAGGUCGCGUGCGCCGCGCACCUGGCGGGCGCGGUGAAGAAGACGGCCAAGGGCCGCGCGAAGAUGGGCGUCGACGCGUUCGCGGAGGCGCUCCUCGUCAUCCCCAAGACGCUCGCGACGAACGGCGGGUUCGACGUGCAGGACGCCAUCGUCGCGCUGCAGGACGAACAGUCGGAAGGGAACGCGGUCGGCCUGGACCUCGACUCUGGCGAGCCGUUCGACCCGACCGUGCAGGGCGUGUGGGACAACUACAGGGUGAAGAGGCAGAUGCUCCACUCAUGCUCGGUCAUCGCCGUGAACCUGUUGUCGACAGACGAAAUCUUGCGGGCGGGGCGCAGCUCACUAAAACCGGACGGGCAACAGUAG